AUGAUGCGUUGGGAGGAUGUUGAUUCUGUUGAAAAAAGAACAAGCUUUUUUUUUGAGUCCAUUGUUGUGAAAACAAAGCAACUUGAGGAAUACGCUUUUUCUGGCUUUUUAUUCGGAGGAGCAGGUCAAAUAUUCAAGCUGCUCAAGACACUAUGGACCGUUCGUGCAAGAUACGCCUUUGCCCAGACGCCAAUGCCCCAAAUACAAAUACCACUCCCAGUAUCAGCGGAACCGUCCCCAAUAGAAGCUUCCUCAGGGUCGUUUCAUUCGCGUGGAAAAGCAUAUCCUGUAAAUGAUGGAGUUGCAUGCAACGAUGAGGAUACAAACUCCUCGAGCUCUUUGGCCUCAUCAUUAAGGGCAACGCAUUCGGAAGCUGCGUCGCGUAAUCCACUUAACGAUACUGGAGCAAGUGAACUUGAGGCCAACGAACUCCCGCUUCGGGAUCAGGAUACCGAGGAAGAGGCUCAGAGUGUAUUGACACCGACAAAACCAUUGCCAACUCAAGCUCCAGUUUUAGCAAACGAUGAUGAGUUGCAAUCCUCACCUAACAUUCCCAAGUCAGAGCUAUUGAUCGAUUCCUUUCAAUGCAGCUAUGUAAGUGGAGUGCAUCGACUUGGAAGGCUUUAUAUUACAACAAAGUACAUAUUAUUUUCUUCAUUGAUGAUGACGGAGACUCUCCAAAUCAGUUUUGCGGAUGUGACCAGUAUUGGGAAGGAGCAAACCAUGAUGAUAUUGGACGGAAUUGUCAUUAAAGUUGUUGGCGGUGAAAACUAUAGUUUCACAAGUUUUGUCAGUCGCGAUGCUGCAUUUAAUAUUUUGACCCAUUUUUUUAAUGUAACGAAAACGCUUAAUCCUCCAUCACGGAUUCUGUCUCAGGCUCUCCAGGGGCGCAAUACAUCUACCGGGUUUACAACCCAAACAAGUGAGCCAGAUAUCUCGAAAUUUCCUACUGUUGAUUCACUUGACGACUUUUCGAAGGUAUUGACCGAUUACGGAACGGCCCUCAGCGAUUUCUCAUCCUUCACAAGGGAGCUUGUGGACCCCAUUUUGCUGCCGGAGGGAAAAACUGUCCUGGAUGUGUUCAAGGUUUGCUUCGACGAUGACGCUUCCCUGUUGGAGGAGUAUCAUAAGGCGCGAAAUGACACCAAACAAAAGUGGGAGCCGUGGCGACCUGCGAAUGCCGGCAGCCCGCCGUUUUCGGGCCAAAGAAAAUUCACGUGCACAACGACAAUUAAGGCUGUGGUGUCCAAGUCGUGCCCAUUU